UUCCCAUAAACUGCGGCUCUCCAUCAGAAGCCUCCUUACAAUAGCAUAACUAUUUUGGAGGCUGAGAGCUAGCAAGAAUAGGCACAGGAUGAUGGUAAUGUUGAUGGAAUCCUCUCAUGGUCGCUCUCACUUGCCGCUGCUCUCGAAGGCUGAGAGCUAACAAAUCAAAACCGAACUACACCGAAAUAAACCCUACAUCAUCAUGUCACCCCUAUCGAUGAUAUAAACUGCCUAGAUUCUAACCACCACCUUCAGAACCUCCACAUACAACCACCCAAUGCCGCGAGGUCAAACAUUCUCCACCGUAAUACUCACCACCUCUCUCUUGAUUCUCGCGGUCUCAGCCAACUUGAGAAAUCACAUUCUUCAUGUCAAUCAUGUUGACACGACGAACGCUGAUGCUAAUCCCAAUUAUGAAUCACACGACAUAGCUAAUGCCGUCGACCACAUUGGCAAGAUCGUCGGCGGCAUUGCCAACGACGCCAACAGCCCCAACAGCCUUGUCAAUAACCUCGCCAGCGCGUUGAAACCAAACAAGGACAACUUCACCGAGUAUACUCGGGCGGCGCUGGUCCAAGAGUUCAUCAUGGCCCAUAACGAGAUCCGAAGGGCAGAGAACAUGAAGCCGUUGGUGUGGAACGACACGAUGGCCCAGUUGGCGGAGGACUGGGCCAAGAAGCAGGAUCACGACUGCGGAAUGCGGCACUCGUCGUAUCAAGGUAUGGGGGAGAACUUGUUCUGGGGUUACAAAGCGCAUUGGCUGCCGAGGGAGGCAGUGUAUGAUUGGGCACAUGAGAAGCAGUACUACAACAAAGAAAACCGCGAGUGCGAGCCAGACAAAGCAUGUGACCACUACACGCAGAUCAUAUGGAAAGACACUGAACAAGUAGGAUGCGCCCGAUAAAAAUGCUCCAGUGGAAGUUUGCUCGUUGUUUGUGAAUAUUACCCACCCGGAAAUUGGGUUGGUAUGGACCCCUAUAACCCAAUCCCUUUAUCCCAGUUAGCUCAUUAUAACCUGUCGACAAAGUUGCCACCAUCACCACCAUCUUCAGAUUCACAUACUUCUCCACCGUUGUCGCCAUCAUCAUCAUCCCCGCCACCAUUGCCUCCUCCUUUUGGUGAGGUUUCGGCUUCAAGUAGCAACACUUUUCUGAAACGAAAGGGUAAUAAAGGUGCGGGUCAUCAUGUUCCACGUGGACAAAAUGGACAAAGUCAAGGUCAUCACGUGCCACCUCAGGGUAAUCACGGGCAGGGUCACGGGCCUCAUCAUGGUGGUCACCAUCGUCAACUUCAAUCACAUUUCUCACAAGGUCAUCACGGGACGCGUCGCGGUGAUCGGCGGACGCGUCAUCACGGCCAAGGUCAAGGGACUCGUCGUCGUGGUCACCGUCGUCAACCUCAACCUCAAACGCAAUCCCCACAAGGUCAUCACGUGCCACGUCAAGGUAAUCAAGACCCAAUUAAUCACGGGCAAGGUCAAGUGCCUCGUCGUGGUGGUCACCACCAUCAACCUCAACCGCAAACCCCACCACUAGUCGCAAAAUCCGACCGGAUAUAACACUAGGGUUAGCCAAAACACACGACCGCCACCACCUCCACUCUGAUCGUCUCAAGCUUCACGUUCUAGAUGUUGUAGUGGCAUACCUUUUCAUACGAGCAGCUGAGACGUUAAUUUUAUGGAGCGAUUUUGGCACUCCUCUUUGGUCACUUGGACCCAAAGCUGAACAUUUUGCAAUUGUAUCUGAACUCGUAGGAGGAGUAGAGUGCAGUAGGCUAAAGGAAGAGUGUUGAAAUCACCUCUCCUACUUUAUUACAUCAAUGGUGUUAUUCUUUUUUCAACCAUGCUUAUUAUCAGAACAACACCAACUUAUGUACAGGUAAAGGAUGCAAAAAUUUCCAAUGUGUUUUUGGGAAUUACAACAUUUUCCAUGUGUUUGUAGCCCAAAUAAUUAAAUAGCAUGAUGGAUGCAUAUAUAUUUUCCACUCA